AUGUCUCUCGCCAGACUCCUCCAGGGCAUCACCCCGCCGCCUCCUGUCGUCCCCGCCGAGUACAACGGCCUCGAGUACAGAUGGAAGAACUUCGUCUUCAGGCCAGCCGAAUUCAAAAUCGAGGGGUUAGCUGCGCUGGGUAUCAUCCUCUAUCUUGUCUUGUUCUGGAUUGGCAAGAACAGGAAUGCCCAGCGUGCAAGCAAAUGGCUUGAUGCCCACCUGCCCUUCCUGUCUACCCAAUUCUCAAAGCCCACGAAUGAAGGCCUAACCCAGGACGGAUACUCCGACUUUUUCAACUUCUCCACCGGCCGCCGCCGUGUCGAGCGUCUCCAUACCGUCUUCAAGCUCCGUCCCCGUCAUGAUCCCGUCCAAUACCUCGGCCAGAUCCUGUGGGGACUCACCGACCUGAAGUACAAUCCCAAGGACGAGAUUCUGCUUGACUUUGAGCUGAGCAGUGGCCCCGAUUUUGUCUGGGCGGUUGUUGCGAAGGAUGAGCUGGAGGAGAUUAGGAAGGAGCGAUGGGACCUUACAUUCACCAAGACUACUGACAAUGCCGCACUGCCAGCGUCCCUGACUGUCAUGUCUGAAUUUGCGGAUGUCACGGAUAACCUUCUCAAGCCAAUCAACAACUUCUCACUCGUGAAGGCUCUGAGCGACCCGGAGAUUCUGCCUUACUUCCGCUCCCUUUCAAUCACCGAUCAACCCCAGACGCGCCCCAACUCGGCGGGUUACACUCGGUCAAAGCACAUCCUGCUCGCGCUAAAGGCUCCUCCUCCUUCCUCAGCACAAGCCACCCUCCCCAUCGUCUCCGCUGCCUUCAAACUCAUCGACAAUCUCGAUAGGGCUGUCACAAAUCUCCGGCCCGAAACGAGGACCAAGCUUAGGAAGGUCAGAGAGGAGGUAGACAGGGAACUCAGGGUCGCCGAGGAGAAGGAGAAACAGGAAGAGGCUAUCGAGAGCAAGCAAGCUGCAAAGAAGAAAGCCGAGGAGGAGAGGCUCUCUAAACUCAGUGCAGCUGAGCAGAAAAAGGCGCUGGAACGCGAGCGGAAACGCAGUAUCCGGAAAAAGCAAGGGAAGAUGGUCAGAAAGUAGUGGGGUUCUGCACAUGUGCUGUCUGAUAUCCACGAAUAAACUAUACCUCCAUAUACUGUACACACUUGCUUAUGCUACAGGACAGUCCCGCAGGAGUCAACGUGGAUAAUGAAGUCACUAAGAUACCUGAAGAACACAAGAAUCCAAGAAAAGAAAUCUUAAGAUUCACCGGAUCUGGGGGACGUCGGAGACGUAGGCGGAUCUUCGUCAGACUGCGGGUGGGCGGGCGCGUCCGACUCAUCUG